GAUCCUCCUCCACAUCCUUCACCGGCAUACAACCUCAGCGCCGCCCACCCCUCCCCACCACCCUCCACAACAUCCACCACCGAUUCAUGUCAGAGCCCGCCAACAAACGUCUGAAAAUGGCCGACGGGACUUCCUCUCCCGUCAUUGGGACUCACUCCGGUCACUUCCAUGCCGAUGAGGCUCUCGCCGUCUUCAUCCUCCGACUCCUCCCCGAAUACAGCUCCGCCAGCCUGGUCCGAACCCGAGACCCUGAGCUUCUCAAGACCUGCUCCAUCGUUGUUGAUGUUGGCGGCGUCCACGAUGAUUCGGCCAAACGCUACGAUCACCACCAGCGCGAGUUCAACGUCACCUUUCCAGGAAAGCACACCAAGCUUUCAUCCGCUGGUCUCGUCUGGAUGCACUAUGGCAAGCGCAUCAUCUCUGCCGUCACAAACCUCGACGUGGACAGUGCGGACAACGAAUUGCUCUACCAGAAGCUGUACGAGGACUUUGUCGAGCCGUUCGACGCGAAUGACAACGGCAUCUCUGCAUACGACCCAGCCGCUCUACGUUCUGCCGGGAUCGAGAAGAAGCACAACGACAAGGGUUUCAGCAUUGCAAGCGUGGUCGGACGGUACAACCAUGCACCCAUCUCUCAACUGGGAGACGGUGCAGGCGUGAAGGGACAGCCGCCGGCAGCGGGCAAGACGGAGAAGACACAGGAUGAGGAGGACCUGCGCUUUCUUCGCGCUUCCGCAUUUGUCGGCGAGCAGUUCUCUCUCGAGCUCAGCGAUCGCUUCACUUCGUGGCUGCCAGCUCGCGCAAUUGUCAAGCAGGCGUUCAACUCACGGACUGCAUUAGAUCCGCAAGGAAGGAUCAUUGUCAUUCCAUACAAGCCCGAGGGUGUGCCGUGGAUGGAUCAUUUGUAUUCGCUUGAGGAGGAGGCAGGACAACAGGGUAGCGUGCUGUACGCAUUGUUCGCGGAGAGUGGAGACGAGUCAAGCAAGUGGCGCAUUCGUGCGGUGAGCUUGGAGCCGGGUUCAUUUGAGAACAGGAAGGGACUUCCCGAGGCGUGGAGAGGUGUCAGAGACGAGGCGUUGAGCGAAGUCUCUGGCGUUCCCGGUGGUAUCUUUGUCCACGCUGGAGGUUUCAUCGGAGGCAAUGCGACAUUCGAGGGAGCUUUGGAGAUGGCCAAGAAGGCGGUGGAGCUUUAGGUGGUUGGCAGCGAUGCGGACGAACGCACGACCCGUACUGCGCUCACGUAAAAGUAGCACACGAAAUGAGACUCACGAUUCUCGA